AUGCCACCUCGAAAGUCGACCAAACCGAAUCAGAGUCCCUCUACUGCUGCAGGGAGAUCUUCAAGAAAGAGGGAUCAACUACAAACAACGGCCAGUAUCGCACUGGAUAUAGUCGCAAAUGUAACAGGGGCGUCGGAUAUCCUCGCUCCUCUCACGGCAGCCUGCAAAACAACAAAGUCGAUCAUUGAUGUCAAGCAAACUAUCGACGAUAAUCAAGGAGACUGGAACGACCUAGUACGCCGCCUGGAGGAAUAUAUGUGGGCUAUUGAGAGCCAAAUCGACUCUCUCGAAAAGUAUCCUCCAGAAGAUAGAGUCGUCGACGAAGCCUUUAGCCAGCCACUCAUUCGUUAUGUCGAACUUCUCGAGGAUAUUCAUUGCGCAAUCGUCAAUAAUGCACAUAAGAGACCUCGCACCAGGCGCAGUGCUGUUAUGGCCAUCGGGAAUGUGAAGAUUGACGCUGGACUCAUUCGCAAGUUCAAUCGAGAUAUCGAGGACCGGCAUAGGCAGUUCAUGGAGGCGUUGGCUCUUUUCACAGGUCAUCGUAUCCAGGUCAUCGAACAGCACACUAAAUCGACAGCGGCCAAGGUUGAAACAAUCGUCUCGGACAUCGAUGCAUCUUUCAUAUGCCAACUCCCGGUCGUGGCAUUCGUCCCGUCCUCAGUCCAUAGCACCUGUUUACAAGGGACUCGUCUGGAUGUUCUCGAGAAAAUCAAGACAUGGGCCGAAGACGAUACAUCUGAUAAACCAAUAUUCUGGCUCUGCGACGUAGCCGGUUCGGGCAAAUCCACCGUCGCAAUGUCGGCAGCGGAGACGUGGCCGAGACGUCGAAUACCGAAAAGUUCUGCUCGACGAAAGCGGGUAGUUCUCAUCGUCGACGCCGUGGAUGAAUGCAAAUCCGGACCGCAACGAAGCGAACUUCUCGACACGUUCGUCAAAGCCGCUCGAGAAAGCAGGAAUCUCAAGAUCUUCAUUACCAGUCGGCCAGACCCUGUAAUUGAAUCAGUUCUUCAGCCACUCUCAAUUAAAUCCAAGCUCGAAGAUCGGCUCCACGAUAUCACUUACCGUGACAACAUGGAUGACAUCGCCACCUAUGUCCAUCAAUCACUCUACACCGUUCUGCCCGAGGACAAGCGGCAACAGCUCAUUGAGAAGGCGCACGGAUUAUUCAUCUGGGCGAGCACCGCAUGUCGAAUGAUCAAUAGCAAGACAGCAUGGGACACCCCCGAGACUAUAUACGACUGGUUGACUUCGGUGGACCAAAGUGGAGAUAUAGACGAUGUAUACAAGCUCAUUUUUGAGCGCGUAGACCCCAGAUUCCACACGGUCAUGUGCGGCAUGCUGGCACUACUGCUUGCCGCAUUCGAACCACUGACCGCCAACGACCUCGACAACAUUCUUAAGCAUAUCGGACUACGCGGAUACUCCGAUGCGUUGAUUCGGAACCUUGGAAGUGUCCUUAUACAGGACAAAGCAACAAAAGUUAUUCAAUUUCGUCAUCCGACUCUUGUUGAGUACCUGCGACGCUGCUAUGACACUCCAGUCCCCGAAGAAUCAAGCAGCAUCUACAUCAACAUUCACGAUGCACAUGGUCAAAUUGCGUCGUGGUGCUUCAGUAACCUUCAAUCACGACAGGGAGGACUCAAGUUCAACGUAUGUGAAAUCGAGUCGUCGUUCUAUCGAAACCGAGAUCUACCGGAUCUAGAGGCGAGAGUAUCCAAGUUUAUUGGAAGAAACCUUGGAUAUUCCAGUUUACAUUGGCCGUUUCAUAUGGCCCAGGCGGAUAGUAAUUGGAGAAGCAAGCUCAGAAAUGAGCUUAGGCAGAUGAUUCGGAUCCCAUACAUAUUAUACUGGAUGGAGGUGCUGAGCUUCAUCCAAGGGGUUCCUCGAGCUAUAGAUGGCCUUCGGGCUAUGACUCGAGAUACUACUGAGAAAGAGACAAGAAGUCGCAUAAUAAAUGUGAGACGAUUUAUGAUGGCAUUUUCAGUACCUAUUCAAGAGAGUGCUCCACAUAUCUACGUCUCGGCGCUUCCAUUCACUCCUAUAGAAUCAUACCUGCAUAUGGAGGGCUUAGAUAUGUAUAAGGGCACUCUCAAGGUGACAAAAGGGCUCGAACAGAGAUACCGAGGACUUCCAGAAGCACUUCGUGGACAUACAGAAGUGGUCGAGACAGUCGCAUUUUCACCAGACGGCUCGCGAAUCGUCUCUGGGUCGUGGGAUCAGACAAUUCGACUAUGGGAUGCGGAGACUAGCCAGUCGUUGGGAGAGCCACUCCGAGGCCACACAGGCCCGGUCACCGCCGUCGCAUUCUCACCAGACGGCUCGCGAGUCGUCUCUGGUUCGGAUGAUCAGACGAUUCGACUAUGGGAUGCAGAGACUGGCCAGUCGUCGGGAGAGCCACUCCGAGGCCACACAGGCGCGGUCACCGCCCUCGCAUUCUCACCAGAUGGCUUGCGAAUCGUCUCUGGGUCGUGGGAUGACACAAUUCGACUAUGGGAUGCAGAGACUGGCCAGUCGUUGGGAGAGCCACUUCGAGGCCACCCAGGCGAGGUCAGCGCCGUCGCAUUCUCACCAGACGGCUCGCGAAUCGUCUCUGGGGCAUGGGAUAAUACGAUUCGACUAUGGAAUGCGGAGACUGGCCAGUCGUCGGGAGAGCCACUCCGAGGCCACAGUGGUGUGGUCAACGCCGUCGCAUUCUCGCAAGAUAGCUUCCUAAUUAUGACCGGCUCUGCAGACUCCACAGUUAGACUGAGUGACACCGCGUUCGUUCAGCCAUCUAGUCCGAAUGGUCACCUGAGCCACCCAACUGAGGGCAGCAUCAUCUCGCAUCAAAACUUCAUGGCCUUACUCAGAGUAAUUCUCUCCCAUAUUCGAAGAUUUCCUCUCUCUGAUGAUGGUUGGGUGCAUCUCUCCGGUAAACUUCUGUUCUGGGUACCACCAGACAAUCGGCUCUCAUUAACGUCUCCAUUACUGCUCACUAUACCGACAUCCAGCCCUCCUUACCCAACAAAAAUAGAUUUCACACGGUUUGAAUACGGCUCUUCUUGGACAAACGUUCGAGGCAACGUCAAUCAAUGA